UACUUCGACUAUUGGCCCUUCUGGCUCUCUGUAGUUCUUUUCUCUCUCCCGCACUAACGAUAGAUAGGGGGCGUUCUACCUAUUGACAUUAUAGCUCAGUGGACACUUAAUCAUGGCACGAAUAACAAUGCUUUCUCUCCUCGCAUUCUUCGCACUCAUUGCUCCUUUCACGCACGCCAUCAAAUUCGCCCUACCAGCAGCUCGUUUGCCUAUCCCAAAAUGCAUAUGGAACGCUGCGCAUACCCAUGCACUUGUCAUCGUCACCGCUAACGUUGGGCCUGGGGCAAACCAACGGGUAGACAUCGAAAUUUUAGAUUCAACACCUCACCGUAACGUCUAUCUAUCAAAACGCGACAUUAAAGGCGAGACGAGACUUGCUGUCACAGCACAUGGCGAGGGAGAGGUUGGAGUCUGUUUCAAGAAUUAUCUAUCCCCUGAGAUCAAACUGGACAUGGCACGGAAUAUGUCGCGCACUAUCGAUCUGGAUAUUGAUAUUGGGGCUGACGCUGUUGACUACAACGCAAUUGCAAACCAAGAAUCACUCUCUGGGCUUGAGACAGAAAUGCGAAAGUUGGAAGGAGUUGUAAAAGAGAUAGUCGAUGAACUCGAAUAUCUCAAGAAGCGCGAAGAACGUUUUUCAGACACCAAUCUUGUGACGAAUCGCCGCGUGCAGAAUUUUGCCUGGUUCACCAUUCUUGCCCUCACGUCCCUUGGGGUUUGGCAGAUUCUCCACCUUCGGUCGUUUUUCAAGCGCAAGUACCUCAUUGAUUAAUGGGUAUGUAAGGCGUGCAAUGUGGAUGACAGUACUGCUUAUAACUUGGGAGAUGUGCGGUAGGACGCUCUUGUCCUCUACAUCAGAUUCAAUAUGUUAUACUCCAUUCCAUUAUACAGGAGAUGUUGUCACCGGUCUUUUCUGCUUCAAUGCCUAAGCCAUCAUUACAGUCACAAGGUAUCUUCCUGGUGCUUAUU